GAUAAAACAGCAUAGGCAGAAAUAAGAAGUUGUGGGGAUGGCAGUUAAAAUUAAAAAAGAAAGUUAAUGAAACGGACUUACGGCAUUGUGUUCAGCUCCUAUAAGCCAAAUAAGAUUAGACGUGUGUUACAUCUCUCGACAUUUCGGAAGUUUAAGUUCUUCACAGUCGCCGUUAGUAGUACUAAACUAUUAAUUGUCUUUCAUAUAAAAAUAUAAGAAAUAAAGAAAAAUGAACCCGGAUGAACCUUCGACUUCUUCGGAAAGCACACCUAGAAAGAGAACUCACAGUAACAUAGAACUUGAAGUAGAAAUUGAACAAACGAAACAGCAAAAACACGAUGUGCCAAUACAAGUUAAAAAGACAAAGGAACACCAAGCAACAAAUAUUCUUGACUACCCAGAUAUACUUUUGUCUCGUAUUUUCCAACAUGUAGACAAGGAAGAUUUGAGAAAUCUCAGAUUGUGUUGCACAAGAUUUUCAAAAAUAAUACUACGUAGUUCUUCAAGAUUACAUAGUUAUUUCUGGACUUACGACUAUAGCAAUAAACCUAUUCUUCCGUCUCAAAUGGAACCGUAUGAAAACUUUUUAGACCCAUUAACACAUACCUUGGAACUACGUGGAGAUCUCAAACAAAGAGAAAAAAAUAUCCUUGACCGUUUGUUUUUUUUUCAAGUAAAACAAAUAUGCCAGAUACUUCACACAUUAAAACUCCAGGACUAUUUUAUUAAUUUAGAUGAGGUUACGCCAGACAUGUCAACAACUAUUGAGUGUCUUUUUAUCGCAAAUUGUAUAGCUUGUUUUAGUCAUAAGCUGCAAUUUUAUACGUUCAAUUUUUUUCCUGAAAUAUGUAGAAUCGUUCCCAAUGUAAAAUCUUUGCAGUUAUUUAAUGUUCUAUGGGAAUCGCAAUCAUCGACAUCAUUUCUAAUAAGUAUAAGUAAUUUUACAGAACUUGUAAAACUUGAACUAGAAUCAUGUUUUCGCAUACAAGAAUUUAAUUCAGACAUAGAUUUAGUCACUUUCACUUGUAAAUGCCACAACCUAAAGAUUUUAGACUUUACAAACACACUAGUAGAACAUAGGUUAGUUGAAUGGUUUUGUCAAAUUGAAUCUUUAGAGGAAGUGUAUCUACAAUGUCCUAAAUAUUUAAGGGAAAUAUGUUCAAUUGAAUCAUUACAAGAGUUACAGAUCUUUGAUUUUGAAGAAUAUAUUUCUUUACGGUGUUAUGAUAAAAAGCUUUAUAACUUUUUAUGUGAAGUAGAAUCUCUUCUUGACCAAAACGAAUUUGAAGAAAUAAUCAUUUACAGAAACAAUCAGUUUCAAAACUAUUUGUUAUCAAAUAUUAGUCGCUGUAUAAGUAGAUGUACUAAUUUGAGGAUAUUACAUAUUAGACAUUAUUCGUAUGUUACAAGAACGGAUAUCAAUAUUCUGUUGUCGAAAUUACCAAACUUAAUAGAGUUGGAUAUAACUGGUUGUUCUGUAACUCUGGAGGAUGUUAAACAUUUUAAGUCACAAAAACCAAAUGUUAAAUUUUAUUCUGCAUUUAGUACACGACAUAAAAAGUAUGAGAUGGUUUUAGAGGAUAGUUUCGGGAGUUUAGUUAAUGUGUCAUAUUAAAAAAUUGAAAAACAACGAGCUAGAAACGAGAAAUGUUUUAUAUUCCGAUAGAAAAUAUUACUUGACAUUACAAUUAUUUAAAGAAGUGUAACAAAACUGUAAAUAUCGUAUCUAAAAAAAGUAAUUGUGCAAGACGUUUACAUUUACGCAAUUGUAAUAAUUGUAUUUGCAAUUAUAGUUAUUACUACAUCUUGUAACAGUUUACCUUAUUUUAAUAUGCGAACUUUUAAAUUUAUAGUUUCGAGAUGUACGAGAAAGUAGAAUCAAAAGUAAUUUAUACAGAGUUGUAUAGAAUUGAUAAAAGAGAAUCAAGUUUAGAUAUGUACUUAUUGAUUGUAAACAGUUGAUAUUUUCGUGACAUUAUAUCGAUAAUAGAAACGCAAGUACAAAAAGUGUUAUAGUUAAGAUUAGUUUUAUAUUCAAUACGUUGUGAGUCUGUGAACGCGUAGACUCAGUUAUUGACUAGUAUGAUAUUCUGUGAUGAAUUGAAAAGAAACCUAAAAUGUAUACAUGUUAGCCUAAAAUAUGAAACUGGAAUUGUUUGCAUUACAACAACAUUUUUGUAAAUUGUAAACAUCAGUAUGAAAAUAAAAUCAAACAU